AUGUUCUCAUCAUCACGCAUAAAACCAACCCCAGCCCCUCCGCCCAUCCCCGAACCAUACCUCAGUCGCCAACUCGACACCACCGCCGACGGCAUCCGUCUCGUCACCAUUGACCCAGACUUAAACCCAGAAGGCCUCCUGACAUGCCGUUUGCAAACCACAACCUUUGCCCAGCGGCCGCGGUACGAAACCCUCUCAUACCGCUGGGGCGACGAGUCAACCAAGGAGACCAUCAUCGUCGACGGAGUGCGCUUUCGCGUAACAGCCAACCUCUUCGAAGCGCUGCACUACUUCCGAGCACAUGCCCGCCAAGACGCCAUCUGGAUAGACGCCAUAUGUAUCAACCAAACGGACAUUCCCGAGCGUAGUAGCCAGUUGCGCAUCAUGCCGCACAUCUACGCGCGUGCGACCUCCACGCUGGUAUGGCUCGGCGGCAGAUACAUCAACCUACCCAUCAAUCUAGGCCCCAACUCCAAGUCAGACCCGGAACCAAACGCAGAUAUCAAAGACAAAAUCAUCUCUGACGGGUACUGGGACAGAGUGUGGAUCUUGCAGGAAAUCGGGAAAGCGCGCAAGAUUCACCUCUGCUUUGGACAAGAGCCCGCCGAAUGGGACAGGUUCAUCUCAUGGAUCCGCAAGCACGACGACGUGGCAGACGAGGCUGGACCCCUAAAGCUAGAUAGACUACGCAAGGACAAAUACGACGGAAGUUGUUCGCUGAGACAACUUCUCACCAACCACGCCACAGCCCUGUCCAAGGACCCCAGGGACAAAAUCUACGGCCUGGUCGGUCUGUCCACAGACGGACGAGGCUUCCCCAUGGACUACAACAAGACGCUGCUUGAAGUAUGGACCGACACCAUCCACUUCAUGAGUCGACACGACCUUCUCCCCGAUGAUUGCGCCGAACGCGUCCAAUUCUGCAGUCUUGUGCGCGACCUCCUCGGCGGUGAAGAGCUAGGAUCUGUAUCCGGAGUUGUGCAACUACACCACGCGCCCGGCGACGAAUCCUUCUACGACUCCCACAACAAACAAGCAACCGACGAAGUCGCCCUCUCAGCACUCUCCUUCUUCGCCGAGGUCUACGGUGUGAUUGUAUCCCUCGGCCCAUCAGCAAGCGAGCUCCUCUCCUCGCUAGAACUCACCGACGCGUGGGAAGAAGAGCUCCAGCGCAUGUACCGGGGCAACCUCGACAGCGCACACAUGGAAAACGACAAUCUCAUGCGUCGCAUCUUUGACGCCCCCGACGGAAAACUAGUCAACCGCACAAACUUCCAAAACCACAAAGUCGUCUUCCACGGGCCCGAAAUCUACGGCCCCUACUGGUCGUUCAUGCACAAGGAGCGCCACCUCCCUCCCGGGCUAGAAGGAUCAUGGAACCACCGCACAUCUACGCCCGAUGAACCGCGGCUGGCGAUGCUCAAGAUCUCGUCUACGCCGUGGGACCAGACGCCGUACAAAUUGGCGUUUGUGGCGCCGGACGCCCUGCAGGGGGACUUUGUGUGCAGGAUCGACGGGUUUCCCAUGAAGCGGGUGGUGGUGCGGCCGGCGGAGGAGGAGCACUCGAAUAAUGUGAGGAUGCAUGUGUGUGGGACGGCGAUUACGGUGAGGGAUGUGUUGGCGGAUGAGUACUUUGACGAUGGGAACGUGCAGAUGUCGUAUAAGUUGGACUUGUUGAUGGAUGCGAGGACAUUGUAUGCGUUGAUAUUUGGGAAUGACGACAAGGUGGAGGAGGAGAGGUUGGAGGAGGUGUUGGGGAGGGUGCAGAUGGGGAGUUGA